AUUAAAAAAGCUCAUUCAAGGUGAUCCAUUAAAGGGAUAAUCGCUUGUUUUCAUUUCCAGGUUUCUUCUUGGCUAACAUUAAUCGCGAUUCCUUACUCAAUAUUCUACUUCAGUGUCUAAAUUCCUAUUUUGUCUCUUUUCCAUCACGAAUCUAUUUAAAAUAGACGACAAUAAAAUAGAUUUUGUAUACCCCAGGGAAAAUCUUUGGCCAAGUCUGGUGCUUGGUAGUUAACGAUCGUAAUUCGUAACCGUUGGAGCAAGUCGGUGCCAGUGGGCAAGUUCGCCGAGUACCCUUGGUAACAGCAAAGUUACCUGUAGGGUAAAGUAAACCGAGAACCAUCCAAUUUUGUUUUCAACUACUUUUUAUCGGUUUAGAUGCAGGUCCAGACUUGCAAGAUGAAUGACGACCUUAGCCUCAAUCUCGUUGGUAUUUAGAAAAUUAAACAGUCACUAGCCAGAGACGGGUUUUGGAAGACGAUACAGUCCAUAUAAUGUCUGGGGAUAGAAAAAACAACCCUGAAGGGCGCAAAAAGUGGAACAGAUUUAACUCGACAACACCAGUUCAAGUCUUCAACGGCUGCUUAGCAGAGGAUGGCUGCCCGGAUUCCCAGGCAAUUUUGGGAAAGCAACUGCUGGAAGGAAAACUAGAGGACAGUGUCGAUCAAGAACAGAAUGAUAGAUUGGGGGUCUACUGGCUUGUCAAAGCGUCUGAACAAGGCCAUAAAGAAGCCACAAAAAUACUGGAAACGUGUCUCAAGACGGGAAAAGGCAUUACUAAACAUAACAUUGGGGAUGUUACUAACUGCCUUAACAUGUCCCAGGAGGAAAAGAUUUCAAGGCAUGCCGCAAGAGUUCUUUUUACAAGCCUUUCUCAAGGUACUGAUUAUAUUACGAGUGAACAGUUAUCUGAGGCAAUGGAAAGGGCGCAAAAAGACGGAGGCAAGGACAGAGAGAAGAAAUCUGUCCAGAAGGCUGCUUCGUACAGUAGUAUCGAUUAUAAAGACUGUUUACCUAAUUCCAUUCUCCCACCGUGUGAAAAAUUAAGUGAAGAUGUGCUAGUAUCAGCUGCUAGCCAUCACUCAAGAGGCAAACUACCAAUUGUACACAGGGUUCUAGCACUUAAGAAAUCUAACUCUAGGUCUAAUAGAACUUUCCUUCAAAAUUCCAUAUUUACUCCAAUUACAAGUAUUCACUCGUCAUAUCAACAUUUUAUUCAUUCUAUCGGAAAAAGGCCUAUUUCUUCUUUUUUCCCCAACAACACAACGUGCAUACAGACAUUGGUUAUUUUAGCAUUAUAUUCAAUAGGAUUCGACAGUAUCUUUGAGGCACUGCCGAGCCUUUUUUAUUUUUCAAGCCUUGCCAUCAUGCUAAUAACAACUUGCCAAAUACUUACAAAGAGAUGGGAAUUCAAUGAAUUUAGACAGUGGUCGAAUUUAUUAGUCACGUGGGGAGGACAGGAAGUGAAUGCGGAAGGUGCAGAAAUGAGUCAUUGUUACAACAACAUUUACCCAUGUUAUGCUUUCCUAUUAGCAUUAGUUGCCAACAUAGCUUUAAGCCAAUUUGUUUCUGUAAUGAUAAUACCUUAUUCAGAAUUGGUUGUUUUAUCAACGAUCUGCGCUUUUGUGACACUGUACAAUUUUGCGUGGCAAGAUGGCAAAUUUGAUUUUCUUGCUUUGCUCUCAUUUGGAAUAAGUGCCUUGGCGAGGCAAAAUCCUUAUGAUUCGGAAGCGGUUUUGUCACAAAGUUUGACGUUCCUUAACUUGUUCAUGCCAACGUUUGUCACAACAAUACUCAGAGAUUUUAAUUUCUCUAUUUUAAUGUAUGUUUUAAUGUUCAUUUUACUCUGGAGAAUGGCAGUAAGAGAUCAAAGAAAAGGGAUAUACAAAUCUUUCCUGCCGCACUUGAUAUCAUUAUCUUGGUGGCAGAUGGCCAUCAUCGCUUCCAACGGAGCGACCACGUUUGGUCUUCUGAGGAGUUCUCUAGUCGUUGUGAUAGCAGUCCUUAUUCUCCCUUUGGCUGGAUUGGCUAUCCUACUCCUUCCAAUUGUCGCUAUUGUCAAGUUCUUUAUUAUUGCCGAUGAGGCACUUUUUGCAUCGACGACCUUCGCAGCAGCCUGUCUUUGUAAUUUUGCUCUGAUAUACUUUGGAACUAGGCCUUCAAGAACUGGAAGAUUUAUAGGAAAACUACAGGUCGGAUUGGGUGUGUUAUCUGCUGUAUUACUUAUUUUCUCAACGUUUGCAAAUUCUCCUAUCGACGAGUAUAAUUCAUCGGCUCAUCUGAGUUGGCAACAAUAUCAGCAUAUAUGUUCAAAAGAUACUUCGCCUGUUCAAGUCCCCGCACAGAUCAGAUGUGCGUCUUUAUCAGGACUUCAGGUGCACUGGGAAGGCCUCGUUAAGAAAACAGUAAUCACAAAUACUUAUAAUCCUUUAGGAAAUUUUGUUUCAAAGCUCCCUAAUUGGAUACAAAAUGUUGUUACCUGUAUGUAUGGCCAGAAAUAUUCCAGUGAGUGUGAUGAUGUGGACAACUGCCAUAUCCCUUACGAACUGCAUUCAAGAUGCCACUUAUCAAAUUGGAACAGAUAUGAGUACGAGAUAGAAGCGGAGCUGGUUUCAAGCAACAGUUGGAACAUGCGCGAAUCCAGAGUGGUGAUCAAGGCCGGAAACAUGUUCACCAACUUCACCCAGGGGCUGGCGCAAGGGGACAAAAUUUGGUUUUCUGGACUGAUCGACUUUGACCCCAAAUCCGAAGUCCCUCGUCUCAACCUCUACCAAAUCGGCUGCCUGGACUGCUCCAAACUCCUCAAUCCAUACGUCGCCGAAUACCCGCAGUUCAACGUUUACACACUUUUUCACAUUUUUAUUCACUUUGUUGAAUUUAUUUUCAAUCCAAAUUUUUCUUUUUAAAGCAUGUAAUCCUAAAUUAUAAGUACAUACAAAAAUCAAAAUUUA